AUGGUAGGGCAUGCACAGUCACGUUUCCGGAAACUUCUCCGGUUGCACUCUUCUGUAUUAUCACGCACGCGUCAUGGACGUCUCUGUCUUCUUGUGUUCCUCUGCGUAUUAGUUGUUGUUUGUUUUGUUCUCUCCGCUUCACCGGUACUUCCCGCCGUGCCGGACCGCGCGAGUGUGCGUGUGGAUGAGCGGAUUGAUUCUAUGCAGUCUCUCUCUGAUGUGCUCUCCUACCGCCCAGAGGUGCGGGAUGCGCUGGCGAUGAUAUUCGAUGUGCACAGCGAUGCGGCGCGGAUGUCUGUUCCCGCCUCCUUUCGUUCAAAGGCCAUGGCGAUGUUCUCCGCCUACGGCGGUACAAAGGAACAGUUGUUGCAGGCUAUAGAAACUCAGCGCAUUAUUGAAGUGUGGAAUCGUGUUACUGGUGAGAACGCAGUUUUUAAUAACAUUCGAAGUUUUAGACCUGGUGGCGGUAGUGGUGGUUCAAACACGGCAGAGAAGCUUGCCGUAACGAAGUUAUACACAGAUGGAAGUGGAGAGGCUACAUGUGAUUUUUGUAGUAAAGUGCGAACUGCAGAAGAUAUAUUUGGUCGAAUAACAGGAAAUUAUUCAUACACUGCAUCAAAUGUGGCCAAAUUAAGUAAAUGGCAUGGUCUUAUCAUAACUAAUGCUCACAAUCCCCUAGCUUUUGAUGAAGAAGUUAUUGCCGAUAUUAUCACUGUUUCACACAAGUGGUUUAAGAAAGUUCACAGUGAAGAUCCUCUUCACAUUUAUCCUAAUAUUAUCUGUGAUAUUGGCAAAAAAGCUUCUGCAUCACAAAUUCAUUUACAUCUACAGAUGGCUUUAACAAGAUAUCAUUACUUUUCUGGUACCGAACAACUUCUUCGUGCUGCAGCUUUUUACUCUAAAAUAAACAAAUCUAGUUAUUGGAAUGAUAUUGUUUUUUUACAUGAUAUGAUUGGUUUAUCCGUAUCAGUAGGUGACUGCGUAAUUCUAUCAAAUAUUUGUCCACGCAAAGAGAAAGAACUCUUUGUGCUUUGUAAAGAUCCUGAAAGUCCUUCAUUUGCCCGAGCCAUUGCUAUUGCUUUAAUGACACUUCGUGAUGCUGCUGAUGUACAUUCUCUUAGUUUUGUUCUUUCUUAUCCUCCAUUUGGUAAAUCAGGCGAUUAUCAUUUGGGUGAUAUUCCUGCUUUCAUGCGUGUUAUUGACAGAGGAAGCGCAUUUGAUUCCCGGGCUGAUACAGGAGCACUGGAAUACUUUGGAAGCACAUACAUUGCCACCGAUCCAUACAAAAUUGUUCCACACAUACUAAAGAUGAGACAACGUCUUUAUGGAGACAGUGACAGCAGGCAUUCUUUCACCAGACUAUGA